AUGGAGUACGAAAUCCUGGGGUUAAGUGUAGCCCUUUUACUAUGGGUUGCAUGGGCCAUGGUGACAGAUCGGCAUCGGCGUUUGGAAGAGCUAGGCCAGCUUCCACCAGGGCCAAGGUGGUGGCCUGUUGUUGGCAAUAUCUUCCAGUUAGGUUGGGCACCGCAUGUAUCGUUUGCUAAGUUGGCUCGUCAACAUGGACCCAUCAUGACUCUAUGGCUUGGCUCAAUGAGCACCGUGGUCAUCUCGUCCAACGAGGUGGCUCGUGAAAUGUUCAAGAACCAUGAUGUGGUGCUUGCGGGACGAAAAAUUUACGAGGCAAUGAAAGGAGAUUUUGGCCAUGAGGGGUCUCUUAUUACAUCUCAGUAUGGAUCGCAUUGGCGCAUGUUAAGGCGCUUAUCCACCACAGAGUUUUUCGUAACUAGCCGCCUUGAUGCUAUGCGGGGCGUACGAGAAAGGUGCGUAGAUCGGAUGGUGCAAUUUGUUGAAGAUGCUGGUGCUAAUGGUACUAAUUCUAUUGAUGUCGGGAGAUUCUUUUUCUUGAUGGCUUUUAAUCUAAUUGGAAACCUAAUUUUUUCCAAAGAUUUAUUGGAUACUAAAUCGGAGAGGGGUGCAAAGUUUUCUUACCAUGCAGGGAAAGUCAUGGAGUUGGCUGGUAAGCCAAAUUGUGCAGAUUUCUUGCCAUUUCUGAGAUGUCUUGACCCGCAAGGUAUAAGGAGGAAAACCCAAUUCCAUGUCGAACGAGCUUUUGAAAUUGCAGGAGAAUUCAUCAAAGAAAGGAUGGAAAGUAUGGAAAAUGGAGAUUAUAAAGGGAAAAGAAAAGACUUCUUGGAUGUUCUUUUGGAAUUUCGUGCUGAUGGCGUUGAGCAGCCAUCUAAGUUUUCUUCUAGAACCGUCAAUGUCAUUGUUUUUGAGAUGUUCACUGCAGGAACUGACACAACUACUAGCACUUUAGAGUGGGCUAUGGCUGAGCUCCUACAUAACCCUAAGACAAUGAAACUUGUCCAAGCUGAAUUGAGGAGCACUUUAGACCCUGGUAAGAAGCUUGAAGAGAAGGACAUCGAAAACCUCCCAUACCUUAAAGCAGUAAUCAAAGAAACAUUACGACUUCAUCCACCCCUCCCUUUCUUAGUCCCUCACAUGGCCAUGGACUCCUGCAAAAUGUUGGGUUACCAUAUUCCUAAAGAAACACAAAUUUUGGUCAAUGUUUGGGCUAUUGGAAGAGAUCCUACAACAUGGCAAGAACCUCUGGAAUUCAAACCAGAGAGAUUCUUGGAAGCAGACACGGUGGAUUACAAGGGACAUCAUUUUGAGUUUAUACCAUUCGGGUCUGGUCGUAGGAUGUGUCCGGCUGUGCCUCUUGCAUCUCGUCUGCUCCCAAUGGCGCUGGGGUCUCUUUUAAAUUCCUUUGAUUGGACUUUAGCUGAUGGGCUAAAACAUGAAGACAUGGAUAUGACCGAGAGAAUGGGUAUAUCACUAAGGAAAUCUGUUCCCUUAAAGGCCGUACCAAUUCCUCUCAAGAGUCCCUUACGGAUAGCCUCUGAUUAA